AUAACCGUUGUCAUCACGAGUAAUUUUUUUAGUUCUCAUUUCAAAAUUCAUUCUUUUUUUGAGGAGGAGAAACUUGCGAUUUUACCAAAACCAUCAAUUCAUGAUAAAUCAGAAGCAACAGCGAAGCAAUGUCUGAAGCAGAAAAUGCGGGAGCUGCUGUGGCAGAAUCCGCCGCAACGCAAAACGGAGAUGUAGCUGCUGCUGGAGCGCCUCCAAUUGAUCGUCAACCCACACGAAUGGAGUCUUUUUUUGCCGUGACGAAGUCUUUAAUCGUGAGAGCUCUUGUGAUUUAUUUUAUUUCUUCGUUUUUCCGAAGACCUCAAACGAAUACGACUCCCUCGAAUGAUGUAGCGCCCGGCGGGUCGAACGUUGCUGCCUUCAAUUACUUCGAAAAUGGGACUUUGUACGACUUGCACGUUUAUUUGUCGGAAAACAGCGAGAUGAAUUGGAAAGAUCCGGGCACUCUGGUGUGGUUCGAGGAAGCUUUGACGUAUGGCGAUUGGUAUGCGGGCAAAAAUGGCGACGGAAUUUACACAAAAUCGCACAAAUUCAAGCCGAGUCAGCAACUACAGCGCAACGGAUCGAUUUAUUUGUACACGUACGUCACAAAAACGGGAAAAUCUCCCGAUCCGUAUUCCGGGGAGCAAUUCGCAGGGCGAUAUGUGUCGAUGACGACGCGCCAACUGAACAAAUUCAAGAAGAUUCGUUACCAAAAAACGGUAAAUUUGCUCACGGGCGACACAGAACGCAGUGCCGAGGAACAAAGGAAGGCUGAACUCAUGAAUUCCGAAAUUGUUUCGCACUGGCAUCCGAAUUUAACGAUAAAUAUUGUCUUCGAUUACACGCAAUGGACUCGCGGAAGAGUUCCUGCGCCUUUGGAUGAAUUUGUGCACUUUAUGCCGGGCGGUGCGACAUAUUUGCCAAUUCUCUUCCUGAACGACUACUGGAACAUGCAACGAGAUUACAUGCCAAUUAACGAAACUGUCGAAGAAUUGGAGCUUCAGUUGACAUUCCAGCCUCUUUCGUUGUUCAAAUGGCAACUUUACGCCGCGCAACAGAUGAAACAUCAAUGGGGCGGCGGUAUUUUCGGCGAUGCUUUCGCCCAAGACGAAACAGAUGGCGAUCAGGAUUCGCUAAAAGAAACUUUGCUGGACACCAAUCCGUAUUUGUUGGGACUUACGAUGGCAGUUUCGAUCCUGCACAGCGUUUUUGAGCUGCUUGCCUUCAAAAAUGACAUCCAAUUUUGGAAAAAUCGCAAAUCUUUGGAAGGUCUUUCGGUGCGAAGUGUCUUUUUCAACGUUUUUCAAUCACUCAUCGUGCUGCUUUACGUCUUGGAUAACGAAACAAAUUUCAUGAUAAAGAUCAGUUGCUUCGUGGGACUCGCCAUCGAGCUGUGGAAAAUCAAAAAAGUCGUAAAUGUUUCGUUUCACGAGACGGAAAAAAUUUUCGGUGUCUUUCCAAAAGUCAUUUUCACCGAUAAGGGAUCGUACGUGGAGUCAAGUACGCGACAAUACGACAAUCUAGCGUUCAAGUAUCUCGGGUGGUUGUGUUUCCCGCUGCUCAUUGGGUACACCGUUUAUUCGCUCAUUUAUUUGGAGCACAAAGGCUGGUAUUCCUUCAUACUUAACAUGUUGUAUGGAUUUUUGUUGACUUUUGGAUUUAUUAUGAUGACGCCGCAGUUGUUUAUCAACUACAAGCUCAAAUCUGUUGCUCAUUUGCCAUGGAGAAUGAUGAGUUAUAAAUUCUUGAACACAUUUAUCGAUGACAUUUUUGCGUUUGUGAUCAAGAUGCCGACCAUGUAUCGUCUCGGAUGCUUCAGAGAUGACAUCGUCUUCUUCAUUUUCCUGUACCAAAGAUGGAUCUACAAAGUUGACUCGAAGCGUGUUAACGAAUUCGGUUUCUCCGAAGAAAUGUUACAAAAUAAGGACCAAGCACUCGUUGAGCAAUCACAGGAAGGCGACGCCGCCGCCAAAUCUCCCACAGAAAAGAAGGAAGAUUAAAAUUUAGAGUUAAUUUUUUUUUGUUAUCACCAUUUGUAUUUAAAUUUGACGAGAUUCACCCAAAAAGAAAAAGAGAAAAAAAAUGUAUCGUAGUGUUGUUGACGUAACUUCGUAAAAUAAUUCGAACAAAGCAAAAAAAAAAUAUAUUAAUAUAUUGAAUGUAAACCGUAAAAAUAAUUGAAAAAAAAAAUAAAUAGAGAAAGACAGAUAGAUAUUAG